AUGGAUUUAUCUUCCUCAUUUGAUAACCUUAAGGAUGACAAAGAAAAGGCAGAGGCCUUUUUAACUCUUCAAAAGACAAUACAAUCGCAAAAAAUGACUCUGAAAAUGCUUGGCGUAUGUUUUAACAAGUGCGUAGCUACACCUGGCGAGUCCCUAACCUCUGCUCAGCAGACUUGCAUUUGGAACUGUGCUCAGAGGAAUAUAGAAACGCAGUAUUUUAUCCUAAAGAGGUUGGAAGGAAUGGUAAAAUCCUUUGAACAAAAGUAG